AUGAGAGAAUUGAUUACCGACAUCUUUGAACUUGAGUUGUUGGCUCUCUCAGGCUUUCUCAUGAUGUUGACUCAAAAUGGCAAGCUUUUGUACAUCUCAGACAAUGCUGCUGAAUAUUUGGGACAUUCAAUGGAAGAUUUACUGAUACAUGGCGACUCCGUCUACGAUAUCAUUGAUAAGCAAGAUUAUAAUUCAAUUCAAACAGAACUUAAUCGAACUGGAUCUCAUAUUCAUCAAACGUCAUCCUUGCAUAGUCUUCAUCAUAACAAUGUCAAUAUGGAUGGUGAAAAGCGAAUGUUUCUUUGUCGUAUGAACGUCAGCAGAAAUGCACGACGACAAAUGCGCUUUGGCGAUCAGAAAGUCGUUCUUAUACAGGGCCAUUAUCUUUCAUUUCUACCACUUUGUAGUCGAAACGAGCCAGUUUUCUUAGCAACAUGUACACCUAUUGCCAUGCCUGAGACACGAGAAUGUGUGGUACAGGGAGCAACAAAUGUUUUCACAACGAUUCAUUCGAUGGACAUGAAAUUUGUUCACAUAGAUAAAAACGGAGAAUUCCAUUUAGGAUACAUGAAAGAUGAGUUAAGUGGAAGCUCCUGGUACCAGUUAGUUCAUUGGGAAAAUAUCAAAGAGGCUCAAAUGAAGCACAAAUUAAUCACACAAUCAGAACAAGAUCGAUCAUGUAUUGUGUUGACACGAUUACAGAAGAAGACUGGUGACUUCAUUUGGAUACAUUUAGUUCUACAAGUUCGUGAUAGUCAGGACUCUAAUCAACAUUCAGUCAUAGUUUGUACGAAUCAAGUGUUAAGUGACAAAGAAGCAACCGUGAUGCUGUCAAAUUCAUGGCUAUAUCAUUAUUAUUCCGUGCAAUCAAAAAUUCAAAUGGGCUUAACGUAUGAGGGAUCACGUCUGCCUCAAAUCACUAACAAUUAUUACCCUUAUCAACCAAUCAAUUCCCAACAUUACACAAUGCAUCAAAUUCAUCAUCAGCCAUACGAUCUCCAAGGUCAUUCCAUACAUGGCCAUCAUUACGACUACUCCCCACCUGUUAGUAAUCUUAAUCUCCAUAACGACAUAAAUCAUAACAGUCCAACGAUGAAAGAAACAACAGUGUUAGCGCCGGUUGAUUAUAGUCAACAGCAUGUGACGAUGGAUAAAGUGUCGUCGGGCCACCACGAAAAUGGGAAUGGUAAUCGAGACAAAGUUGACGAUUAUAACGAACCGAUACGAAAGAAACCAGCUGAUGACAAGAGUAAUAAAUUAGGGAAUCAUGAUAAGAAGCUGAGUAAAGUUGAUUUUAAGAGUGUACGAAUAUCGAAUAAGAAAUAUACAUUUAAACGAAUCGAAUCGCUUCACAUUUCCGACAGUAAUCCGGAAAUGGAAGACGUUCCACCCCCACGUGCAAUUGCUUAUGAUAAUCAUAGUGAACAUAUUUUAAUGGAAUCAGAACAUCGAGAUGGUCAAAUGCUUUACUUAAACAGUGCUGUGCAUUCAUCGCGAUCGAGAAUUUCGAAAAAUUUCUCAUCGUCACUUCCAGCAUUGCCACAUAAUGUUGAACCGUCGAAUGAGAUUGAUCAAUGGAAUCCAUCACCGACAUGGUCUGAGAAUAAUAUUCAGAAAGUUCCUGACAUUAUGCAUCAGCAAUUGAGUCCAUAUCUUAUAACAACACCACCGACACCAAUGAGUGCUUCUUACAUUCCCCACGGCUCGACAUUCACUUUCGAUUGGGCACCUGAACAUUACGUUCCAACAGUCACUGCUAUGCAUGAUGAGAGAAACAUCAUGGAGUUGGCCCCAGCAACACGAUGCUACUAUAAUCGUCCAAUGACUAUGAUGAGUAUCGACGACAGCAACAGUCAUAAAGAUGAAACGACCAUAAGAAAUUCUUGAAAUUACAUUUAAAUAAAUUCCUUCAUACAUUUCAAUGCACUUGAAGAUGACGAUUUAAUAUUUGAAGAUCUGCGAAGAAACUUUCUGCGAUUUGUCCCACCAUUAAAUUUCCAUCUCACCAACUGGUCAAGUAAAAUAAUAAAAAGAAAAUUCUUGCAGAGAUUUCGACUUAAAAUUCAUAAAUUUACCUCACGGGAAUUUAACCCCAAGCAUUGAAGUGGGAAAAGAAAUGCUAAUCAAAUUUAAUCGUCGAUCUUUAUGCAACAUUGAAAUGUAUGAGAUUACCUAAACAUGCAAAUGAAUUUAUCGUAAAUCUCAGCUUUGUUUUCCAUCCUCGCGAUUCUCUUGUUCAAGUACGUCACCAAAUCGAGCUAUGAAAUGAAAGAAAACACAAAAACAAAAAUGCUUUAAUGGAAAUUUAAUAAAAGCAGCUUACAUGCGAUGCUUUAAUUGUAGCCUUCUCCGAUUCCCCUCCUUCCCUCCCCCCACAUUUGUUGCCAAAAGCGUUUUUAUCGUACGCCUAUCAAUGAUCUUCUUCUUUUUCUUAUUCAUUUUGUAUUUAUUAAUGUUUUAUUCCUUGCUAGCAAUAAUCAAUAGAUUAAAAAUCAGUUUUAUGCAUUUUAAAUGUUUCAUAUCGUAGAGAAAUCAUAUGGACUAUAAUUUAAUGUAACUAUGUAAGACGAUAACCUGUUUUUUGUAUCUAAAAAGAAAUAAUUUAAUGAAAAUAAAAAGAAAAGAAAC